AUGGAAACGGGGAGUGCAGCCAGGACCAACGGGACCGCCGGGAAGGCCGAGGACGUGAAGAGCCCGACCACCCCAAAGAAAGAAGAAGAAGCGAAGAAGGCGACGAGCCCUGGCGGGGCUGAGAAAGAAGCUAUAAAAGGCACGGGCGGUGCUGCGCUGGAGACGGGGCAAAUCAAGAGCUCCCUCUUCUCUGGGAGUGACUGGAAGAGGCCCAUCAUUCAGUUUGUGGAGUCAUCCGAUGAGAAGAGGUCAACCUACUUCAGCAUGGACUCGGCUGACUCCAAGAAGAUGCAGUAUGCCAGCGGACAGAUCGGAGACAUGAGGAGGCCAGCCCUCUCCUUCCCAGAGAAAGGCGACCUCAGGAAGUCCCUCUUCUCCUUGGAUUCCAAAAAGAGCUUCCUGCCCAGCGACGGGGAAGGGAGGAAGUCCUUGUUCUCUGGGGGGCAGAUGGGGGACCUGAAGAAAUCUUCCCUGCCUCUGGUGGAGACGGGGGACCUGAGAAGACCCUUCAACAAGCCGGACAGAGCAGCUGGGUCACGGCCCAGGGUGAAGCUCGAGGAUGUUCUGUGCGACUCCUGCAUCGACAACAAGCAAAAGGCUGUGAAGUCCUGCCUGGUGUGCCAGGCUUCCUUCUGUGAGCUGCACCUCAAGCCCCACCUGGAGGGAGCAGCUUUCCGGGACCACCAGCUCCUGGACCCCAUCAGGGACUUCGAAGCAAGAAAAUGCCCUGUGCAUGGGAAGACCAUGGAGCUGUUCUGUCAGACAGACCAGAUGUGCAUCUGCUACCUCUGCAUGUUCCAGGAGCACAAGAACCACAGCACAGUGACAGUGGAGAUCGAGAAAGCAGGGAAGGAGGCCGAGCUCUCGCUGCAGAAGGAGCAGCUGCAGCUGAAGAUCAUCGAGGUGGAGGAUGAAGUGGACAAGUGGCAGAAGGAGAGGGACCGGAUCAAGAAUUACACCACCAACGAGAAAGCCACGGUGGACCAGCAUUUCAAGGAGCUGAUCCGUGACCUGGAGAGGCAGAGGGAUGAGGUGAAGGCUGCCCUGGACCAGAGGGAAAAGAUUGCAUCAGAGAACGUGAAAGAAAUCGUGGAUGAGCUGGAGGAGAGGGCAAAGCUGCUGCGGGAGGACAAGGAGAACAGGGAGCAGAUCCACCAGAUCAGUGACUCCGUGCUCUUCCUGCAGGAAUUUGGGGCUCUGAUGAGGAAUUACGUGCCCCCUCCCUCUCUCCCAACCUACAGUGUGCUGCUGGAAGGGGAGAGCAUGAGCCCCUCCAUGGGGCUCCUCAGGGAUGACCUGCUCAAUGUCUGCAUGAGGCACGUGGAGAAGAUCUGCAAGGCAGACCUGGGCCGCAACUUCAUCGAGAGGAACCACAUGGAGAACGGAGGUGACCAUCGGUUCAUGAUGAACAACUACGAGUGGAACCAGCCUGACAACUUGAAGAGGUUUUCCAUGUUCCUGUCUCCCAAAGCCAAUUUCAACCCACGGUCAUGGGAAUUUUCCUCCUUCCAAGCGACUGAGGAAACACUUGUAGGCAAUGGUACUAAGCUGCCUUUUCAGUUCUCCUCGGUGGGACAGAAUCCGCCCGGUGACUUCAGCAAACAGUCUGACGGGAGCCUCUUCACCAAGACCGCUUAUCCUUCCAUAGUGAGACAUCAGUCUGCAAAGGUGACGCCACAGACGUGGAAAUCCACCAAACAGUCUGUUUUGUCACAUUACCGCCCCUUUUACGUCAACAAAGGCAAUGGAGCCACUUCCAACGAGGCACCUUGAUCCCUGAAGAUUUAGGGAAGAGCUGGCAGCACUUGGAGUGAAGACUCAGCUGCGGAUUUUCAUGGAUGUACCCGCUACUAUAUUAACCUUGCUGCUCUAAUCUCUGCCAGGGAGAGGGAAGGUGCAGAAGGGAAUAGCCUUUUCUAGAGGAAACAAGGACUUUUUUUUUCUCCAAAUCACCCAAUUGCCUUGAAAGCUCCGCAGGCCUUAACAACAUAACCCUCCCCUCUGCUGUCCCCUCCUCGUUCCCUCCCUGUCCCCUCUGCUGCUCUGCCUCUCCUGGGAAGCAUGCAUGCUUGGGUAGCAGCCCCUGCCAAACCAGCUGUGCCCCCUUUGCCCCCAGUGUGUUUUUAGGAGCUGUUCAAAUCCCGGUGAAGGUCCCAAGCUUGGGGAGCCCAAAGCUCUGCCCAGGAUGGAGAGGUCCCAGCCAGCCCCUGGGAGCAGUGACGGGCUAAAAGCUCUUUCUGUGCCUCUUCUGCCCUGUCACCCACCCUCUCCUGGGGACACCCAGCUCUCACUGGGGGCAGGUCCAGCACUGCCACCUCCCUGGAGCCCUGCAGGUCCCACCACUCUUCCUCAGGGUCCUCCAGCAGCUCAGCUCUGCUCCUUGCCUGCCAAAAACCCACGACAGGAGCUCUGCAGAGCUGCUGCAGCCCAAGGCCAGCUGCUGGUGGAGGGCAGAGAGGCUUUGCAUCCCAUCAAAGUGCCCCUCCAGCCACCUUUUCAAAUUAAGAAAUAAAAAGAAAA